AUGGAUGACCAAGGGGAAGCGCAGAGGUCAGAAACGUUUCUGCGUUCAAAUCUCGACAGCAGUUGUGCAACACCGAGGCAUCAAUGGAGGUCACCAGACUGGAAUCCUCUCAACAAACAGCCGCACACACCGUUCGCCUCACUUAAUUCCCAUUCUUUACCGACAAAAGACAUCGCUGUUGACAGCAGCAAUUCUACAGCUUCCUCAUCCGAUAUUCUAUGCCCUCCAAUGGGAUCCUUUGCCGUCGGUAAUCUAGACGAAACACAAGGUCAGUCAAUUGAUCCGUGGAAGAAAAAGCUUCCAAUGAAGCUUGAUUUGGCAGCUCUCAGCAGAAAAGUAGAUGAUCAUCUAUCUGAGGACAAGAUGCCUAACCCUGACAGAUCCGAAUCCGACAAUGACCUCCACCUUCGGCGCCAAAAGAUGGCUAUGUGCGAUCGCCAGUGUACACGAGUUAUGGGCCAUCUCUAUUUUGGCAGCAAAACAGUGGCGGAAAACUAUGCAAUGCUAAGGCGUUUUCGAAUCACACAUAUUCUCAAUUGCGUUGGAAUGGUUUGCCCCAGCUAUUUUCCAAAUGAUUUCUCUUACAAGACACUCUGGCUUCAAGAUUCACCUUCAGAAGAUCUUAUUUGCGUGCUCUAUGACGUAUUUGAUUUUAUUGAGGAUGUCCGAGAGCAAGCAGGAGGCAGGGUCUUUGUACACUGCUGCCAAGGGGUGUCCCGUUCGGCAUCGUUAAUAAUUGCUUACGUUAUGUGGCGAGAACGACGCAGCUUUGACCACGUAUAUGACGAUGUCAAGCAGCGCCGAAGCGUGACAUGCCCCAACAUUGGUUUUGUCUUUCAGCUCACUCAGUGGCAGCAACGUGUGCUAGAUGCCAAUAGAGCAGCAGUCUCAUGCAAUACGGUGGCCAUAAUGUACCGCAUGACACCGCAUUCGCAUUUUUGCCCAUUGCAGCUUGUUCCGAAAGCUGUGCACGGUCCGCCUACUUCGGAUGUACUUGACUCAAGAGGGGUGUUCGUUCUCCAGCUUCCCAACCGUCUUUAUGUCUGGCGCGGCCGUGGCUCAGACAAAGCAAUGGCAGCAGCUGCUGAACGAGCCGCAUUCCAGCUUGUGCGGUAUGAGCAUGCUCAAGGACCCAUUGUGGUGGCUGUAGAAGGAAGGGAGCCACCAUUCCUGCUCAAUGCACUAAGACGCGAGCAUUUACUGUCCGGUCCAGAUAUAAAUUCCCAGGCCCAAAGGGGCGCAUUUGCUGAACAUAUCAAUUAUGCGGGCAAGGCACCGUUUGGUCUAAAGCUAGUCCGUGCAUAUGAUGCAGACUUUGAGCUGUAUAGACAAGGGCUUGCAGGAAACGGUGGGGCCUUGACUGUGGACUUUAAUGCAGGAUUGCAACCGCACCCCAUUAGCAACUUUCCAGCGUCACCUCGAGUUGGAAGAUGGAGGGUCAUGCGCCCACAAAUCAAUCAUAUUGCAACAAGAUGGUAG